CAUCUCCUAGCCACCGUGGCUGCUGCUGCCUUUCCGCUCAUCUGUAGUUCCUCCUGUCACCUCUCUCUCCGAGAGCAAGGAGCAAAUACUGCGCUGUGGUGGCGCACAGGGUUGUUACAAAGUUACAAUAGUUACAAGGCGACAUUGUCAUCAGCGUUGCGUAGCUCUCCCGUUUAACGCCAGCCAAACCCGCAAGGACAGUCUGGAACCGAUGCCAUUGUAAAGAGCUUCCGAUUUUCAGUUAAAUCCAGCAAAAAAAAAUCUCGAAUUCAGUCCGAGAACGUGAAACCAUUUUGGACGAUAUAUUUUGUUAUUUUUGUUUGGGUUUCGCGACGCCAGUCACACUCAGACGCUUUCGCGAAUUCACGUUGGCCCGGGUGGCCGGAGGUUGGGCGGGCUUUGUGGGUCGGAAGUCCGGCCACACGACACCGUGGCCGCAGCGCUCGGUUCACAUUUGUAAUUUUUCACUUGCUCAAAUCCCUCUCGGGGAUCAACUUAUCCCGUCGUCGUUGUCAUUGUCGUCGUCGACACCAUCGUCGUAAUCAUUGUCAUCGUCGUCAUGGUCAUCAUCGUCGUCAUCAUCGCUAUCGCCCACGAUCAGUCCACCGUUGACUGAUGGUCCGCAGUAAUGCGCCGAGCGUAGACGCGGAACAUCGACGCAGCGAACAGAGCAAGAGCUGAAAGUGCGCGCAAAAGAAGCGCGGGAGAGGAGGAGCGAAACAUUUCCCGCACUCCCUCCGCGAGGCAGAAAGCUGAAACUCGCCGAGUCUAGGGAAUGGUUUCCCGCGCGGGCAGGAGGCGAGUCGAAAAGCUCCCAGAGCCGCCGUAAUUUUUCUUUAAGACCUCACCUCCGCACAACCCCCUCCCGGCCAGGAUGGCGAGCAGCCCGAUGCCGCCCGAGCCUAGCGGGGACUUCCCGGCGUGGCUGGAGGCGCAGGGCGUGAACGCGGAGGUGGCCCGGGCCAUGGACUCGGAGCUGGGCAUCCGGGACUACGGGGUCCUGCGCGCCUGCGUCGGGGACGGCCUCGUGCGGGCCGAGCUGCUGGCCGCGGCGCGCGACCGCCUGCCCUUCGGCUUCUACGCCGUGCUGCGGCAGGUGGUGAAGGCCCUGCGGGGCGCCGGGACGCCGCGCUGGGACGACGUCGACGCCGCCGCCUACUUUGGCGACGCGACGCUGGCCGCCCUCGUGGAAGUCCUCCUCGCGCUGCUCAGUGGCCUCAACCGUGAGCUGCUGCAGUGCAUGCAGAGGCUGGGGGACAUGGACGUGCUCAAGUUUGCCGCCGGGUCGCCGGCCAGCGCCAGCGUCGCCGGCAGCGGCGACGGCGACGACGCGGCGGCGGAAGAGAUGGCGGACGAAAUGGAGCGGCGUGGCAAAGGCGGUGAGGCGCGAGAGGCGCCGCCGCCACCGCCUUCUCCUCCGCGCGUGGACAAGUUCAGCAGCUCGCCUCUCGGAGUCCACACGAUAAAAACGGAGGCCUGCCCAGAAGAAGACUCCGGGUUGACGCUCGGGACCCCGAGUGGCAGCGGGCGCACCCAGUGGGAGGGGCUAGGACCAGAGGACUCGGCGUCUAUCCCCGGGAAAUCCCCGUCGGGUGACUUCCCGCCGGGCUUCGUCGUCGACGGCGCCGGCUCGUUGCAGCCGGGAGGGGCCGAGCCGGUGAGCGCCACCGCCGAGCCGGCGCCCUUCCCGUCGUGGCUUCGGCAGGAGACGGCCGACGAAACGGCGAGCAGAGAAUCUUCCCGCCUCGCCGACGACGACGCCGCCGGACGCGGCGUCGUCGGCGUCGUCGUCGGCGGCGGCGGCCGCGCGGCGCCGUGCCCGCGCGACCGGGAGUUUCGUCCCGGCCCGGCGCCGAGCCUGUCGAUCGGCGAGAGCGGGCUGUACGAGCCGAGGCCGCGCGGGCAGCGGGCGGGGGCCGGCUGCGGCGGCGAGGCCGACGCGUCUCGGCAGGCGGCUGGCGGCGUCGGGCGCGACAACGACAAGCCGUACCGGUGCAAGGUGUGCGGGUGCGGCUUCGCGCAGUACUCGACGCUCAAGCGCCACCUGCACAAGCACAACGGCGAGCGGCCCUACUGCUGCUCGGCUUGCGGCCGCGGAUUCCCCGAGCCGUCGGAGCUGCGCGCCCACGAGGACACGCACCGGCGCGACAAGCCCCACCGUUGCCGAGUCUGCGGUCAGGCGUUCGCCCGCAGCUGCCACCUGACGCGUCACCAGCGCACGCACACGGGCGAGAAGCCGUACCGCUGCGGGGCCUGCGGCCACGCCUUUACGCAGUCGUGCGACCUCAAGACGCACGAGCGCACGCACACGGGCGAGAAGCCGUACCGUUGCGGGGCGUGCGGCCGCGGCUUCGCCCAGGGGGCCCACCUCAAGCGCCACCAGCGGACGCACUCGAGCCGCAAGCCGUACCGUUGCAGGCCCUGCGGGCAAAUCUUCCUGGACUUCGGCAGCUUCAACGCUCACCAGCUCACGACUCGGGGCGCCAACCAGGCCGCGAUCCGGCGUCUGGUAUCGCGCACCGCCGAUGUUGGCGGUGGCAACGGAUAG